CCAGACAGAAAAACCGAGGCCCAGAGAGGGACAGGAAUCUACCCCAAGUCACACAACGUGUUAGUGGCAGGAGCCAGGCCAGAACCCGGGUGCCUUGAUUCCUGGUCUGGUGGGUUUUCUGCUCUGGCCCUCGGCCCCACGCUCUCUCCCAGCCUGGCUCUGCCCGAGGCCCCUGGCUGAAAGCCCUUCACCUGUCGUGUUAGCUGGCAGCAGGCCCUCUCUCCUCCUGGCUUGACCCAGCUCAGGAUCCACGGCAGGGGCCACACCACCUCCCCAGGGAGGACCAGAGGUGGGGGGCUUGGGGUACCCCUCUCAAGACACUUCCCCGCAGGACAGAGGUGCCAUGCAGUCCCGGGUCCUUCUCGUCACUGCCCUCCUGGUGCUCCUGGCCUCUGCCCGAGCUACAGAGGGGGAGGACCCCUCCCUUCUGGGCCUUAUGCAGGGUUACGUCCAGCAUGCCACCAAGACCGCCCAGGACACACUGACCACCGUGCGGGAGUUCCCGGUGGCCCAGCAGGCCAGGGCCUGGGUGACCGGUCGCUUCACCUCCCUGAAAGACUACUGGAGCACGCUUACAGGCAAGUUCUCCGGGUUCUGGGAUUCGACCUUUGCCGUCACACCGACGCCAGCCUCUGAAGCCAAGUGA